AGCAUCAAUCAAUUCCCGUCACCGAGCUAAGAUGCAACUCAAUCUUGGAGCGCUUUUUCUGGCCCUGCUGGGAGUUAUGGCCGCGGCACCAACUGUCCUGUCAGAACCUCAUCGUCACCAGGGACCCAUUUUCGACACGAGGCCGUCGCCCUUCAAUCCCAACCAGCCAAGACCGGGUCCUGUUUAUUGAGGAGUCCUGCUGAUGUCGUUAACACAUUGAGCAAACUAAUACAAUUAAAGCUUAACUGAACAUCAAA